AUAGCUCUGACUGGAGUCUGGAGGAGUCAACAGGUCAUACUGACUAGGCUCAUAACAUCUUAAGAUAUGGGGAAAGUAAUUAAUAUUUUUUCGGUGGUGGUAGUAAUGGCGUUGAUCCUGGGUCUUUUCUUUGGACAGAUAUUUACCAAGAACCCGGACCCACAGAUGAAUCCUUUCCCACUGGACAUGGCCCCUACAUCUAUUGAUGAUCAAUACGUUGGCUGCAGAGCGAACAUCAGCAUUCAGGUGAACACGGACUACCUCCCACGUGAGAAGAAAACCAGUACAAACUUCAAUAAUGCCUGGAACAAAGCAGAAGCAGAAGCCAAACCGUCUCUCCAUGGUCUGCAAAAGGAACACUCCAAAGCUAUAUAUGUGUACACAGAUGAAGAUUGUGAGAUCUACCCGGACUUCAACAGAGAAGUUAGAGAUGGUAGAUCUAAUUAUGGGACAACAUUCCAGUACCAUUCCCUGCACUUCUAUCUAACUGAAGCCAUUCAGAUUCUCAAACAAAGUCAAACAACAUGCAUGACCACCUACCGUAGAACCAAUGUGUAUUUUGAUCAGGAUGUUGUCAACAAAGAUAUCCGUUUCGGCACCUUCACCUCGAGCACUUUAAACAAGAAAAUAGGCAGAGAUUCAUUUGGAGAGACGUCCUGCUUUGAGAUCACCACAUGUUUUGGAGCUGACAUAUCCCAUUACUCUGUAUUUACAGGAGAGAGAGAAGUCUUAAUUCCUCCCUAUGAGGUAUUCACAGUGAGCAACAUCCAGAAGAAGUCACCAGAGAAUAACCUGUGGUGUAAAUUUGUCUACACAUUAGUGAGCACUGGAAAUCAGAGUGACUUGAAUUGCAAGUUGCAAAAUGGAGUAAACGCUCUAUAAUAUUUUGAUAAUUACUGUAUAUCACUGAUCAUUCCCAUACCAAUGUACGAUUAAGUCAUCUGUAAAAAAAUAUAUUUUUUACAUUCCUUCUUUCAGUUGUAAUGAUCCUGUUAAAGACUGUUUAACCCUUAUUGCUGCCUCAGAUUAAGAACAAGUUAUAAAAAAGUAUAAUUUGCCGAUAUUGAAUCAAAUUGUAAUUUGUGAUUUGUUGACAUUUGUUAGCAUGUGCACUGUGUUUGUUUAUAUUCACCAUUAUGCUACUGAUUCCCCCUCCAUCAAUAUCGUGUUUAUAUUCACCAUUAUGUUACUGAUUCCCCCUCCAUCAAUAUAGUGUUUAUAUUGACCAUUGUGUUACUGAUUCCCCCUCCAUCAAUAUCGUGUUUAUAUUCACCAUUAUGUUACUGAUUCCCCCUCCAUCAAUAUCGUGUUUAUAUUCACCAUUAUGUUACUGAUUCCCCUCCAUCAAUAUCGUGUUUAUAUUCACCAUUAUGUUACUGAUUCCCCCUCCAUCAAUAUCGUGUUUAUAUUCACCAUUAUGUUACUGAUUCCCCCUCCAUCAAUAUCGUGUUUAUAUUCACCAUUAUGUUACUGAUUCCCCCUCCAUCAAUAUUGUGUUUAUAUUCACCAUUAUGUUACUGAUUCCCCCUCCAUCAAUAUUGUGUUUAUAUUCACCAUUGUUACUGAUUCCCUCCAUCAAUAUUGUGUUUAUAUUCACCAUUAUGUUGCUGAUUCCCUCCGUCAAUAUUGUGUUUAUAUUCACCAUUAUGUUGCUGAUUCCCUCCAUCAAUAUUGUGCUUAUAUUCACCAUUAUGUUACUGAUUCCCUCCAUCAAUAUUGUGCUUAUAUUCACCAUUAUGUUACUGAUUCCCUCCAUCAAUAUUGUGUUUAUAUUCACCAUUAUGUUGCUGAUUCCCUCCAUCAAUAUUGUGUUUUCACCAUUACUGUAUCUUACUGAUUCCCUCCACCCCAUCAAUGAACAAAUGCUAGAUUUCUCUUAUUUGUUGACAUUUCAUCUAAUGGUAUUUUGUUAUUAGUUGACAUUGAAUCUAAUGGUAUUUUGUAUAGUUUUUUUUACAUCUAAUCAAAUGGUAUUUUUUGUUUGUUUACAUUUAAUCAUAUUUUGUUGACAUCCUCCUUUCUAUUGUAAAGAUCCUGUAUAUUAAAAAAAAAACAGUUU